AUGAAUGCAGUAGUCCCUGGUAUUCACUUAAGAGAUUUUUCAAAAGUUCUUCUUUGUCUCUCAAAAAUUGGUGAUGAAUUAUCUAUUGAAACUCGAAAAAACAAGGUACUUUUAUCGUCUUUGAAUAUUUCAAAAUCAGCAUUUGGCCUUAUUACUCUUGAUUGUUCAAAAUUUUUUGAAAAAUAUGAAUAUCUUCCAUAUGAGUCAUCUGAAACAUCAAAAAAUAGUCAAGCAUUGAAGUGUAAAGUACAAAUACGACUACUUCUUGCAAUAUUUAAGCAUCGCAACUUGGAAAAUAAAGAUACUAAAAGCGUUUCCGUUCAAAAAUGUGAAUUAAAAUUAAUACCUCCAAACAAUUUAGAAGUAGAGUGUCGUUUUAUUAUACGGUUUUUAUGUAAACAUAAUGUAUUAAAAACAUACAAAAUAACUUAUGAACAAUCUCAAGCAAUGCAUGCAGUAUGUAACAAGUCUUCAUGUAAAAAUAGUUGGAAAAUAAAUUCACGAAUAUUCAAAGAACAUUUAGAUCAUUUUUCAGCACGUGCAGAAGAACUUACUUUAAUGACACAAAAUGAUAAACUACUUUUAACGAGUUUUACUGAAGGAAUAAUUCAUAAUAAAGAGAUUUUAAAACAACCAAUACAAACGGCAAUUUUGUUAGAUAAAAGAGAUUUCGAAGAAAUAAAUUUUGAAGAACAAUCAAUCAUAACAUUUCCUCUUAAAGAAUUUAAGGCUAUUGUAAUUCUUGGAGACUCAAUGAGUACAAUAUUAAACGCUUAUUUCAACACUGGAGGUGAACCUAUUUUAUUUGAAUUCGAAAAAGACGCUCUUUCAAUUCGAUUCAUUCUCGCAACAACAUCUGAAAAUAUACAAGAAAAUCCAUCAACAUUUAACUGGAAUAAACCCGUUAAUUCAAAUAAUUCUGAUCAGCACUCACAAAACUAUACUCAAGUAAAUGACAUACAGCUUUCUAAAAAUGAAAAUAUUUUAAACAAUGAAACAAACAAUAAUGUAGAAAACUAUAAAAAUAAUACAUAUAAUCAUAAAAAAUUUGAGGAUUCAACUCCAGAAAAUAUUUUAAAUAUAAACAACAUAAUUGAAAAUAACGAAAAUUCUGAAUAUAAAUUCAAAAAUAUCCAUUUUAGCGAAAAAAUAGAAAAAGAUAAUGCAGAUUCAUUAAUGGAAGAAAUAAAUUCUGAUGAUGAAGAAGUAGGACCUACACAACAACUAAGCAUUAAAGGUAUAUUCGAUUAA